AUGUCGCUGCCAAAGCCUAUUUACCCGCUCAGUGAGCACUGCUCAAUCAUCUACGAUAAGACGCUUUACGUAUACUCGCCAUCUGGAUUUCAGUCGCUGAAGCUUGAAGAGGGGGCAGAAUGGAAGGCGUUGCCUAUGGACAUAUCGCUCACCGGAGCACAAUGCGUCAAAGCAGCACCCAAGGGAGAUGCCCAGGCGGCUAAGCUGUUCAUUGUUGGAGGUCGCGUCAACGAGACGGCUUCAACGUGGAAUUACCCUGGACUGAUGCACUACACAUUCUCCACGAAGAAGUGGGACUGGCAACGGUCAGAAAGCUGGAACACGCAAAAUCGCGUAAACCAUGGAGCCGUUUACCUCGAAGAAUCCAAGGAAAUCCUCGUGUAUUCAGGCUCGCAAACAGACGGAGACAACGGCCCAUCGUCUGAGUCGUUUGUCUUCUCUACUGUCGAACCUUACUCCGUCUCAAGUUCGCCGUCGGGUGGCGCGCCUCCUUCUGUGAACCCCAUGCUUAUGAACUCGGAUGCGAGCACUGCACUACUAGUCGGUGGUGGCGCGACCAACACGGCGGUAUGGAAGUUCAGCAAGGCGUCGGGAUGGCAAGACCUCGGCGUCACUCUCACAGAACCCAUCGCCAAUGAAGACGCCGUCAAGUGCUCAGUAGUCACCAGCAAAAACGACAAGAGGGUCGCUCUGCAGAAGUUUGACAUGAGUGCAGUACCAAACGCCGUGGAGCGAAUUCUAUUGAUCAACAAGGAUGGCUCGCCCGCAGCCCCGGGAACCCUCGCUGGAGGGGAUAAGAAGGGGGGAAAGGUGAAGCGAGUUACCUUGGACGACUGGUCGUCGUAUAACGAGACAUACGCACCGAAAACAUCACGAACUGGCUACUCGUUAGCACAAGGGGAUGAUGGCACUACCGUCGCCAGUGGAGGUAACGCUGAUGAACCCAUCGCUAUCUUCGAAGCGCAGGAGAACUCAUGGAUGAAUGCGACAGCAUUGUUUGCUGGACAAGAUGUCCUAGUAAACUCCGUAUCGUCCUCCAGUGCGUCAUCGACGCCAACCCCAACAGCAUCCAUAUCAGCCACUCCAAGUGCUAGUACGACCGGGGAAGCCGCCGCACCUGCGGGUCCUCCUAGCAAUAAGGGAAAGAUGCUGACCGUACUUGGAGCCACACUUGGUACGAUCUUUGGCAUUGCGUUCAUCCUAAUCCUGAUUCUGUUCUGUCUCAAGUACAGGAAGAACAAGAGCAAGCAGAAUCCAGGUUACGUCGAGAAGAAUGACCGGAUGAGCUUUGCCGACCGUGGUGCCGCUUUCAUGAAGGAGGCUGGCGGAUCUGUCGUCACUUACCAACCCAAACACAACAACGACUCACUAACAUCGCUUGCCAUCAUCCAAGGACGAGGUGGUGGUCACAAGAAGAACGUCGCGAGUGACGCCAGCACAGCAGGACUAGUCAAGAAGAGCAGCCCACUAGGCUACUCUGAUGGCUACAAUGAGCCCUACGAGCUUGCCAAGUUCGACCUGAAGCCGGAGCCUGUUGAGCCCAUGGUUCGCCAGAACUCCAGUCGGAACGCUAAACCUGCACCAAGAGCUCGCAGCUCAGGCUGGAGUAGGUACUUCGCGAACAACGAAGCUACGAACCUUGCUAGUGCACCACCUGCUGACCGAUCGACCUUCGCGUCGGACCGAACAAGCACCGGUAGUCAGUCACAGUACACAAACUCACGCAUGUACAGCUCACGACCAUCACAACACAUUGCUCCAUUGGAGAUCCCCAAGUUCAAUGAUGGCCAGCGUCUGAGCCGAGUGGCGAGCGGAAGUCCGACGCUUGGAACCCCCACUAGCAGUCUGCCCGGCCUACCACAUCAAGUUCAACCCAUGCAAGCUGAGCUCGCCCGUGCGAACUCCAACGCUAGCUCAGUAUCUGCUCUCAGUCACGACGAUCGUCAUUACCUACGUGAUCCAGUAGAGAGCUGGACCCCAAUGGGUGAUGACCAUCGCACCAGCAGUCAGUACACUGGUAGCAUGGUCAUUGAUCCUAACAACAAGUUCCAUGGCACCAGCUCAUACUAUCCCGAUGGCACAGAGUCGUUCUAUCCCAAGAGCAACUUCAGCUCCUUCUACCCCGGACAAGGCGACAACUCACCAACUGUUCCUGACAUGCGAGACAGCACGUUCACCAUGUUCCCGUCUGGCAACGCGCCUCCAGCACCGAAAGACGAGAUGCCCAAGAGCAAGUUCAGCUCGAUGUAUCCUGCGCCGCCACGUCUCGGUCUUCCACAAGAUCGUGAGAGCACCGCAACGGUGUUCCCAGGUGGCCCAGGUGGCGCACAAGGAGGACAGGUUGAGCAGGCAUUGCCGAGCCCGAAGUUCAACUCUUUCUACCCACCACCAAGAGUUGGACACGAAAGCUCAGCAACCUUGUUCCCGGGUCCUGGCCCCAAUCAGCAACCGAACGCGAAGGAGCAAUCGGACAUGUCAUGGCUGAACCUCGGUCAAAGCCGUUAA